GCGGGGCUCGAAUGCGCGCGCCGCAGCCUCCCCCUCCAGGAGCGAAAGAGGCUCCAACUGUAGCUGGGGAAAGGCGGCAGCGGCGCGAGCCUGGGACCGGCAGCGCAGCAGUUCUCCGCCGGACACGGGCUGGUGUCAUUGUGCGGCCAGCGAAGCAGGCCGGGGCUGUCCAUCCCUCCCUGCGCAUCAGGGGCGUGUGCGAUCGGGCGCGGUGGUCGCUGUGGGUGUCCCUAGGGAGGCGGUGAAGCCGGAUUCUCCCUGAGCAGCCCGCAUGGCCCGCAGCGAGUGGUUGCACAGGAAAAAAUCAGAAGAUUUUCUGGAUGACUUCAUGAGGCUGUGUGUGUCUCGAAAAUGGUAGUUCCUGGGAGCGCUCCUGUCAUACAGCAGGACCAUGCCAUUGAACCUGACUUGGGGCGCGGCUCAACAGAGAAUUCUGCAAUGGGAUCUGAGACAGAACCAGGUACUGAUCAGGUGCACCCAGAGCUGGAGGAGGUGCGAAAGCUGCAGGAACUAGUGAGAAGACUUGAGAUCCAGAAUCAGCAGCUGAGAACUAGGAGCCACAGAAAUUUGCUAGGGACAAAUACACAAACAAACACGGGUGUAAAUAAUCAUAACUCAGGGCUCAAUGGAAUGGAAAUUAACAAUAGCAUCAACACUAUAACAGAGAAGCAAGAAUUACAGAUUAUGGCAGAUGUACAUGACAAACUAAGUAAAAUAAGAAGAGAGGUGAAAGAGAGCGACUGCUUAAAAAAAGAUGUGGAUAUACAAAUGCAUUAUAGCCUCCCUAGUAUUACUGAGAAAGUGUCUCCCAACUCAAAAUAUAUGAAUGAUGCAGAAAUGCAGAAUGAUGUUAAUGUCAGCUGUUCUUCAAGUCUGGAUAGGAGUAGCAGCACAGAACUCGUGGAAGACUUAAUCACUAUAGGUAUUCAUCCAUCUGUAAAAAUGAGUGAACAGAAUCUAAAUGAAGAGAGUGGAGAUUUAGAAAGCUUCUUGAAUGAUACUGCUUUGGAUGAAGUGGAAGUGCUAGAAUUUGGGAACUACAGUGAUGAAGAGGACAGCUGGCUGUAUGUCUCUCCAAGAAAAUCUACUGCAGAUCAGAAAACAGAGUCUCCUUUAAAAUGGUGUCGACAGGUGUUGGAUAACCCAAGUGCUGAGACAGAAGUAGCCUGCCGAACCCUUAUAAAUAGACUUGACCAAGCCGGUAGGUGGAAAAACCUGUAUUGCAGUCCAUUGGCAUCACCAAGUGCACAUAACUUGAAUACAGAGACAAGCUCCUGUAGCAAUGCACUAAACUCUCCUGGGCACCUCAAAUCAACUAACAAACCACUACUAACAUGUGGCAGCUCAGGUUACUUGAGCAUGCAUUCUGCACUGAGCUCUCAGUCCUCUGUAGAUAGUGAGCUGAGUACAUCUGAUGACUCCAUCUCUAUGGGAUACAAGCUGCAGGACUUGACUGAUGUCCAGGUUAUGGCACGCCUACAGGAAGAAAGUCUCCGCCAGGACUAUGCUUCAAGUUCUGCUUCAGUGUCCCGUCGCAGUUCCAGUGCUUCCCUUCACUCUCUGAGGAGAGGCACCUAUAGUGACCAGGAGUUUGAUACAUAUAGUCUGGAGGAUGAGGAUGAUUAUGAUUGUUCGCUAUCCUAUCGUAGUGCUCACAGGUACUCGCCAUCUCCUCUCAGCUCCCCCCGUUGCCAGUCUCCUUCUUCAGGUGCAGAUUACAGCAGGACAACAAUCUCUCGAAUUCGACCCCCAAGGAGAGCUGUGCAGAGUCCAAUGCAAGACCCACUAAAAUACACAAAUAACGAAGAGGAAAUGCGCCACAGCAUGCCUAACCUGGCUAGGACAAGCCUUCGAUCACUGGAAUCUGUAAGAAGCAGUCGGAGUCUGGAAUCAGAUUUGCAGGUGCCCAGCAGCCGACUUUCCAGAAUUCAGCAACCAUCAACAAUCUUCACAGACAAGAUCAGCUCCCAAACUGCUGCACUGGGUAGCACAGUAUGGGGAGGAGGUCUGACUCCCAGUAAACUCAGAUAUUCCUCUAGUGCUGGCCAGUCUCCCUUAACAGUCCGACAGCCAAUGAAAGCAGGGUCAUGCACAAACUCUCUGUUGACACCAAGGCAGCCACUAAAAGCUUCCAGUUACACCAAUCCUGCAAGUGGAGUCCGAAAGCCACAGUCUUCAACUCUCAGUCCAGGAUCUUCUAGUAGCAGUUCUUCUACUACAAGAAGCAAUAGUAUGGCCACUGGAGCCAAAAAUUCACCUGUUAAAGCACGAACAUCUGUUGGAGGAACUUCUACUCCGAAGAGCAAGCUGAUACAGCCAUCCAAGAGAUUUCCUCAGUCAGCGAAGACCAGUCAGACAACUGCUGAUGAUUCCUGGAAGGAUGGGUGUUACUAAGCCAACUCAAAGAAGCUGAUAAACUGUCAAACAGCUGUAUGAAGCAUACCCCCAGCUGGCUGGGCAUGAGAACAUUAUUUUAAAAUAUGCCUUGCCCCAGACUUAUCACAUGGGACUGUUUCCCUAUCUUUUGAAUGCAAAUUACCCCCUUCCCUUCAUUUAUUUUGCAAAGAGUUUGGUCUCUUACUAGUAGAAAUAGACAGCUUUUUCUUUACUGUAUUCCUACUGUUCAGAAUAUACUACUGAAGUCUGAAAAACAUCGGAUGAAGACUGGUUGAUGCUGACCUGUGUAUCUCUAGUACAACUAUCUACCAGAUCAGCAGUGUGUUGUUGGAAGAGAUGUUGACUUAGAUACAAUAUGAUCUGUUCAUGGGAAAAUGUGCUUGGAAGGGUAUAGAUGGUAAUGUCUGUGCCAUCAAGAAAUUUUAACCCACUGUGCUUCCUUGUUGCUAAGCAGUGGUUUGGAGAUUAGAAAAAUAGUUGUAUAGAUGUUAGAAGAUGAGGUUUGAUUGUGUUUUUUAAAUUCACCUGGUGUAAUUAACUUUUGCCUGAAGUAAGUUCAAAGUUUUUUUUACUUGUUCCUGUAUAGAAUGUUUCUUCUCCGCAACUUUCUAUUAAUGUUUGUUCUAGAAGAUGAAGCAGCUUUUUAUAACUUAGUAGUAUGGUUCAAAAAGACAUUUGUAUUAGUGUGCGCAUCACUACAUGUAAGUUCACAAAUGAAGGAGCAGUACACAAUAUUUGUGUGGGUUUAUGAACAGGCAGUCACAUUUCAGUAGUUGCUACUUAAAAACUGUCAAAUUUCAGUAUUUGCUGUGUUCCAUAACUUCUCUAGGAAAUACCAAACCUUGGUAAGCUGAACUACUACAGGUGAGUCUGGUUCUGAAUGGCCUCCUGUUGUAUAGUGGAGAGAAGCUAUUGCACCUGAAGUGAUUCCCUCCAUGAUCUACUUUACCCAUUCAGUAACAAUUGCCCUUUUACUGGUUUUGUAUUAAAAAAAACUUUUCUACUGCAUUUUUUCAUAUGAAGGAAUCUGUUCAAAAUGAGUCCCCAUCCUCGGCAAACUAUGGAGGCCCCUCAUUCAAUCAUAUUUUCUGAAAUAUGCACUGGUAAUAGAACUCAGUGAUGUUUUCCCUGCCAUCAAUGUGAUUUGAUAGUGUAGUUUAAUAAAAAAUGUUAAGUUGCUGAAACUA